AUGGAUAGUUUGCCGUCAACAAGCGACCGUUUGACCGUCAGGCGAUCGCUUGUGCGACCAAAACGACAGAGAAUCACGCUUUGUUUUGGAGUCAGUCAGAUCUUCCUUGGCUUGCUUAUAGUCGCUGUAAGCUUCGCAGCCUUCGGGUUAUCGACUUCUAACAGAGUGCGGAAUGCAUGUCCGUAUUGGGCUGGCUUUUCGAUCAGUUUUUUCACAUUCCUGUCGGCUGUCUGCGUCAUACUUCAUCUGGUUGCCACGGUGUUGUCAGGAGAAACAGGAAGUCUUCUCAAGUCUUUCUUGAUGUGUAUGCGGCAUGAUGUUCAGAAUACGUGUCUAUGUUGUGAUACAACUUACGAGUGUGGACUUAAUUACAUCCAUAAAGCUGUGCUGUUUGAAGGCGUCUUGAAUUGCGAUAUGGUGUCAUCAAUACUCAAAGAACUCAUGUAUACUAUAUGUGUUAUCAAUGUUAUAGCCUGUCUUCUCUCAUUUAUUGCUACAAUUCUGGGAUGUGCCAAUAUCGUUAAGAGGAAUUCUGGGAGAAGGUUCAUACUAGGACAGUUUCGACCCACUAGUGAACACAUAGAUGCUGCAUCCAUCGGUGAAGUCAUUGACUCUGUAUUCACACCUCCUGUGCCUCCACCGCCAUACUCUCCUCCGGAAUAUGGGGAAAUCUCUGGUGAUCCUAUUAUGGUAGAAGCAGGUGUCUUUGUUGAAGAAGUCGGUACAGAUGCUGCUAAUGCUCAUGAACUGCCACCACCAUAUUGCAUACUUGAUGUCUCACCAGACAGCGCUUUUGAGCAUCUUACAUCAGAAGCAUCACCUAUGGAACCGUUACAGAUUGAAGCAGAUGAAACAAGUGGAUUAGAAAGUUGUCAGUCGCCAAUAACACCUGGUGAAAAUUACUGUAGGAUCUAUGUUAACCCUGCUGAUAUGGACAGUUUUACUCAUGAGAGUAUUCGCUCAGGACUCAUGCCACAAUUGUACACAACCGGAACCAAUGCUAGAAAACAAACCUUCACCGAGUGUCUGCCGAAAAAGACUCUUUAUUCAAAAAAAUGUGGAAUGGAGGUGUGCCCAUUACAGAGGAUAACUACCACUGUGACAGUAGAAGCAGCCAAUCCAAUGUAUAGACUGAACAAUAAUUCAGAUAUGGAAAAUAAUAAUUUGCAAUUACGACAUAGCUCAGCUGGAGACAGUGAAAAAUGUUUGUCUAUUGCUAAAGUGAGAGAUUCAGUAACGAGCUCAACGCUGUCGAAUCAAACCAUCUCAGAAGUGGGAAAUAUCACAUGUAGUAUAGGGGAAACAGUUAUUGAUAAUUAUGUGACUUCAAAUUAUAGUGCAUCAAACGAUUCAGAAAGGGAGUCAGUAUGCCAGACGACUGUUGAAAUACAUAGUACACAUGUCUCUCCUUGUAAUAUUCAUGUACCGCUUUCAGUGAAAACAUACAAUGUCAAAUCUAGUGGACGUCCGUCAUCCAGUCGUAGCUUUCAUAGUAUAUCAGCCCCACUUUCAUCUGACAGUGAUUCUUAUGAGGACUAUAUACAUGAAACACAAAGCAAAAGUUAUCCAAGGACAAAAAAGCAGCGGCAAAGAGAAAUGCAUGCACGCCGUCGCAGAGAACGUAGAAUCUCGGAAUCACGUUUGUCGUCAUCUUCGGGCAACAGUGAGUGUUCUCACAAUUCACUAUGUAAAAAAAGUUGUGAUAAAAAACAGAAGGGAUCUGUAGCAUCUUUUGGAAUCCCUAAAUCUCAUAAUUCUACAGAUUCUGUCAGUUUCAAGUCUGUUGAUGUCUCAAGUCCAACCCGGCUUUCAGUCACCUCUAACUCAAGUAAAAGUGGAAAUUCUUUGCACUCAUUAUCAAGCACAGUCCAUAGUAAUGAAGCUCUUGAGUUGCACCAAGAAAAACACACAGAUUCUGAUAUUGAAAGUGGGAAACCCCAAAGACCCAGCUCUUUGGAAAUAAAACCUGUACAUAACCUUCCUGCUCCGAAUGUUUUAAACAAAGUUUCUCCAUCAUCACCAAAUCCACCUGAGAGGAUGUUGGUGCUUCCAGGACAAAUUCACAGACGUUACGCUCCACUUUGCAAACCACCCAAGCUACCAGAAAGAUGUGCUUGCAAAGCAUCAAAAAAGAAAACUAAACCAAAGCAGCGUCCCAAAUCACUUGCAGAUUUUAAGUCAUUCAAAGAUGCUAAGAUACUCGUCGCCAAAUUUAUUGAUCAGUCUAACGGUACUAUGUCACCGGCUGUGAAGAACGUACUGGAAAAUAUACAAUGCAUGAUUAAGUCAGAUGAGAAGCAUUUAGCGGAAGCCAUCCAUAGUGCUAAUGUGAUUGGUCAUUACACACGGCCAGUGUCACAGGUGACAAAACUAGACGGCAUCCCGUGUGAAAACUACGACAGCAAAGAUAGUCUGUAUAAGAGCAGUACUAGUCUUGGUAGUCGAUAUUGGAAUAGUUGCUCAGAACUCACUGCCCUCUCAGACCACACUGAUGAUGAAAUAACUGAUCAGGCUGAGGAUUUUGUAAAAACCUUAACAAUCUGUAAAGAAACCGUCCUUUAA